AAAUUGCUUCCCGUGACUUUCCGAAGGUGUGCGUAGCUGCAUACAACGUGGAGUUCGAAGACGAAGGUGACUGCAAACAACGGCGUGCUUUCUCCAGAAUGGCAUCUCUGCGGAGAGCGCUCAACAAUAUCAUACCGAAGGUCGGCGUACUCAGCAGACGCCGUCGGGGCGCUUACUAUUUCGACCCUUUCAACCCUUCACCGCUUCUUCCGAGUACCGAAAGAAUACAACGUACAUACAUAUACGGCGAACCAUCGUACAAGAAGAAGAAACGAAGGCGCUCAUGGCAUUUUCACAACGGAAGCCACGUCCCUACGAAUGCAUCGACAGAACCAACACCCAGCGUGUGCUAUUUCAACGCUCCCGCUCCGGGUUUGCCUUGCGUUGCGAAGCACGUGUGCACAUAUGUCAUCUAUGACGCUCCGGACUACGAUGAAGGAAGAGGGAGCUUCUAUAGCGCAGAUGGAACGUGGGAGUCCGCAUUUGCAGCCGCGGUUGCCAACAGUAUGAAUUUGGUGAUUGGUACGACAGCCGAGACCCUGUUGAAUUUGUACUACGAGGGUCCGGUGGCACUGGAAGCUUUCUUGAAUUCCAUUCUCAACCUAGCGGCGAGAGCAGAUGGUCUUCUAGGCAUCAGCGUGAGCAUCCUACCAGAAAUGACGGCUGCCGAUGCAGAUUACUUCCCGGAUGUCAUUCGAAAAGUACGAACAUCAUUGGACAACAUGCACUUGGCGGCCAUAUUUGUAGUAUCUCCUGCUGCUAUGGACAACGCUGACCUGAGGAAGCUAGUCGCCGAUGCGGCAGACACGAUCGUGUACGCUGGCAACGUCGUUGCCAGAACGGUUAAAGGAAAUGUCAGUACGAUCAACGGCGGCACUACAGGACUUCCCGGAGGAAUCCUCAGGAGUGAGGAGAAGAAUAACGAGUACAAAAAAUUUCCCGACGGAGAUGCUCCAACGAAAAUGUCGUCCAUGGACGGGCUUCUGGAGUUGUUCCAAGCAGACAGCGAUAAUUCCUCGCUGUGCGUGAGCAUCAACUUGGCGGUCUACGAGUGCACGGACGACGGCUGCAGGAAGGCCAGCUAUUCUGAUACCUGCAACCUUGUUGGCACCGUGGAUCCAGACUAUUCCACAAUAAGAACAAAGGUUGGGUCCUCCGUCUUCAUCUAUGACGACGAAACAACGCUCUUUUCUAAGCUGAACUACUUCCGGCAACUGUACCCGUUCGCUUGCGUUGCUCUGCUGAAUGCUGAUGCGGAGGAUCACGGUCGCACGUGUGGGGCGAGGCUAUCCUUCUCUCGACUGGCUCAAGCUCGAAACAUGCUGGAUGGUGGUGAAAACAUCACUUCGGUUCCCCUUCGCUGGACAACAACAGAAGCACAAACAAGAACACCAAAGAUAACGAGUGCAGUGACGGUACCGUCUUUUAAAGACAACGUGCCAGUCACACAGAGCGGAUCACCCGCCCUACAUACUACGUCGGAGACUCCACGGAGCACAGUCUCACCUGCUGGAAGAGCAAUGCCAUACUCAGAAGGCACUGAAUUCUCCGGUACGCACAAUGCCACAUUGAUCUGCCUCUCUGGACACGAAGCCACGCUUGCUGACGUAACGCGUAUUCCUGCAAACCUCUGCAACUACAUCGUGUAUCCUCCAGGCUCUUAUGACCACCGACGGCGCACCAUUAAAGCUGCAAAGCCAACCGAUGGGCAUAGAGGAUCUCGCCUCGUGCUCACUUUGAGCCGAUCCAGCUACGUCGAUAGAUGGGUGGUCAACGCAACUGAGCUCGUUGCUUUCACAAGCACCCUGUUAGCCUUUAUACGGAACGACCAAUGGGCAGCUUUUGGAGUAUUCCUCGAAAAUCCUAACUAUACUUCCAAUAUAAUGGCCGUACAUUCGGCCGUCCUAACAAUGCUGAGGCAAACCAAACCGACACCGUUUCAACUGGUCGUAGGCAGCGUCCCGCUUCAGGACGGGAGGGCCUUCUUCGGACUAGUCCUCGGUGCAGACUUGUUCGUCAUGAUGACUCAGCAUAUCACAAGCAAGCAGUGCACUGUUGAACCUCCGACAAGAACCCCAGCCUUGCGUGCUUUCAUCGCUGACCAAAGCGACAACAAUUUUCCUUCUCUUAUUUAUCUUUGGCGAAACUCGGGGGUACUACGCGGUCUUAUUUGCGCCCCGAUUAAUUUGGGUGUGUUCAUUUACCAACUGAAAGGUCCAGAUUUUGGGAACACGGGUGACCAUUGUGUCAUGGAAGCACAUGAAAACUACGCUCAGACGUGUAACAAGACAACAACCACGGAUGCAAACGCUGCCUAUUCCUCCACUUCAACGCACCUGACGACGUUUGAAAAUGAGGCUACAGUAGUGCUUCGGAUGCAGGAAUUUUAUGACAAGAUCCCUGACCCUUGCGUGGCUGCAUUCUACGCGGAUUCCGAAGACUCUAAGGGGUUGUGCACACCAGCAUUCUCGAGACUCAAGGCCAUACGAGCGCGACUUGACGAGUACGGUGUCUCCAAUUCAAGUACGGGAUUGAGUAACUUCACCGGGACAACUGGUGGUACACCAGGAAGUAAAUCCUCCGGAAGUGCUACAGUGACAAAGCCAUCUGCCAGACGAUUCAGCAUGCAUCCAACGUCAUCCAGAGCAACGAAACCGAGCAGAACUACUACCGUGCAACCAGUGGUAUCCAGAACAACAUCUAGGGACGCAAUGACGAUCCCAGAACACACAAGUGUUCCACAAUUUGGAAAUACUCUCCUGUGUUUCAUGUCACCACCGUUGGCAGUUUAUGUCAACUUCCCUAAGCUCGUCUGCGAUGUCAUCAUAUACGACGCACUCUGCCUGAGAGGCGAUAGACACGAAGUAAUCGAUGCCGAAUGGAAGACCUUCUUAAACAUAAGGAACACGCCCCAGACUGAACGCGAGAAGUUCGCUGCAAACCUGGACAGCGAGUGCCUUGUGAAUGCAACAAACACUGAUAAGGAUGCUGUUAAAGCUGUGGCCAUGGAUGCAGCAUCCUUGCUUACCACUUAUAAUUUAUCUGCUGGAGCCGUGGUCGUCCAGGACAGUCGGCACGAGUCUGCCGUGCCGUAUACUAUCCUUUUGCAGCAAUACCGGUCCCGAAUGAAUGAGCUUAACACGGAUGGUACACUGAUCUUCGGAGCAUCUCCAGACUACCUUACGAACAAGAUCAUUUUGAAGACAGUUCUCCAAACUGUGGACAUCCUGAUCUACGUCAACCAUCACACCAUCAUGAAGGAUGAGCUGUGUAGAGUGAGCUACCCAAGCGGCAUGUUCUUCGAGAACGAGAAUGACCGCGCCCUGGAAAGCAUGCAACAGAAUCAAGACAAAGUAGUUUGCAAGUCGGUCAGCAUGGCGGUCUUCCGUUUUGCCUUAGAAGGAACGAACGACACCUUUGGCUCUCGAUGUCGGCAAGAGGUCGUGGACAGUUAUGGACAGGUUUGUCCUUCGCCAAGAGUCGGAGCAGAAGACGAGCCUGCCUGGUUUCCCAUCCACUACAAGGACAGGUUCAACCUGAUCACCUACGAAAGUGAGAUGACCCUCCAGGAAAAGAUCCUGACACUGCGGAAGUCAGUGACACGCGCUUGUAUCGCUGCCUUCCACGUCGAGCUUGAAGCAGCCACAGGGAUUUGUCCGCACCGCCCUGGCUUUUCCAGGAUAAAGGGAAUGAGAAACGUCCUGGACAAUCCUGUAGAUUACGUUCCUCCGAACGUACCCGAUCACGAGACAGGGACAACCGGUACCGUUUCAACGAUUUCGGGCUAUAGAAGGCUCGCCAAUGAACCGAGUGCACAAGCUCGGCUCGUCUGCCUCGUCGCUCCACCUGUAAAGUCAUUGCAGGAUUACCCGUCGUACUUGUGCGAUUACAUCGUUUACCAGAGCUUGGGUUAUGAUAUUUCAUCCAAACAUAUGUCCUUGCCAGACGAAGUAUCUUGGACGGGGUUCUCGAAGAUGAGGAAGCCCCCUUCAACAAGGCUUAUGGUGUCUGUUGACAGCCAGUCCGUCGUCAAUGUAACAAGAGCAAGUGCCGCCAACUCCUUCGUUAAUGAAGUACAGGUCUGGCUCCAGAAACACCACAUUGGAGGCGUGGGAGUGAUCUUCGAUUCUCAGGAAGAUGCUCUGCAUGCUCACCAAACAUUGAAGGUCCUCCGCGAGCGCCUCGACCAAUACGAACAGGGAACAUACGUACUUCUCCUAGGAGCCUCUGCUGCUCUUCCCGUUCAGCUUGUUCAGUUGGCCCAUACAUUUGUGUUCGUGACUAACCACGUUCCGAGCGCAACCUCUUGUAAGAUCAGCUACCCAUCCGUCACCACGCACAUGUCGACACUGUCGGAGCCAUUGCUGCUGGCAAAGAGCCUCAGGGAAGUGGCAGGCAACGUGAGCGUCUGUCUCUCUAUCAACCUCGCCGUCCUGGUCUUCUGGCAGGAGAAUAUUGACAGGACUGUCGGUGCAAUGUGCAAGCGAGGCGCAGAGACUGACUUCGCUGAGCUCUGCAAGCAAGCCGAAUUGAAGAUAACCCCAGACAAAGAAUGGAUGAGCGCCUAUCUUCAGACUGAUGAAAACAACACGUUGUACACAUUCGAGACAGAAGACAUGUUGGCUACUAAAGUGUCCUUCUACAAGUCCUGGUUCCCGGACAUCUGCGUGGCCGCCUUUCAUACGGAACGAGACGUGUAUGCGUAUCCCUGUCCUCGUCUGCCACCUUUCUCGAGGCUUAUGAAGAUCGGGGAUGCUCUCUACGGUAACCAUCAGGAAUCAACCUCUUAAUAAAAUAUAAUACAUA